GACGUCAGUCAGUCGGAGGCGGGCCCAGAGUGGGAGAAAUGGCUGCCGUGCCUGCUGUCUGCCGGUGGGUGAGCGGUCUCUGCAGGGGCGGUGUGGAGCCUGGUUGCAGCGUUCAGGGCAUACAGCUCCCACCAGUGAGAGGUGGAUUUCGGCUCCGCUGGGCUUGAAAGCGAACCUCAGCCUUCCGCGUCCCACACCCGGGCUCAGGUCCAUGUGGAAGAGAAUCUAAAACUGCAGUCUAACUUCGGGCAUCAGAUUCCGUGGCACUUGAGAAAUGUAAUGUUUUCCGACGGCAGUCCUGCGGAGAAGGCAUCCUAGCGUGGGCCUUGGAUCCCUCCCUGUUCCUCCAUGGCCCUGACAAUGAUGAACGGACAUCUUAUUGAGGACUCGAGCCCACCCAUGCUGCUGCACCAGGUUAGCAAGACUCCUCAGCUAGAUGCCUUCAGCUACCAAAGCUCCUUCAUGCAAGACCUCUUUGCUCAUUUCCCCGAGGUCUUAUUUAUACACCGGACCUAUAACCCAAGAGGCAAGGUGUUAUACACCUUCCUGGUAGAUGGACCCCGAGUACAGCUUGAGGGUCCUCUUGCCCGAGUGGUGUACUUUGCUAUCCCUACCAAUGAAGAUGCCAAAGGCCUGGCCCAGAUGUUCCAGGUGUUCAAAAAGUUUAACCCAGCCUGGGAACGAGUCUGCACCAUCCUGGUGGAUCCCCACUUCCUCCUGCUGCCCACCCUGACCAUGGAGUUCCCCACCGCUGAGGUCUUGCUCUCAGCCUUCCACAUCUGUAAGUUCCUCCAGGGUAAAUUCUAUCAGCUCUCCCUCGAGCAGCCGGUACAGAGUGUGCUUCUCUCCUCCCUGCAGAGCACCAUGUGCUCUGCCACAGCUGGCAACCUGAGGAAGCUGUACACACUCCUGAGCGACUGCAUCCCCUCCACCAGGCUACCUGAGCUCCACUCACACUGGCUGCUCAAUGACCGCAUCUGGCUGGCCCACCGCUGGAGAAGCCGAGCCCAGAGCAACCGAUACUUCCAGAGCCUGGAGGUCACAGCCCACAUCCUCAGUCAGUUUUUUGGUACUACCCCAUUUGAGAAACAAGGCAUGGCCUCUGUUUUCCGAUACAUGCAGCAGAACCCUUCAGACAACACAAGCCUCAGCCUGACUGUGACUCCCAAGGACAAUCCUGCGCCUGCAGGCACGAGCCCUGCAAGCGCCAGCUCGGAGCAGUUGGUGGAAGCCCGUAUCCAGCACUCCCUCAACGCCAUCUGCACAGGGCCAGCCGCCCAGCUCUGCCUAGGUGAGCUCGCCGUGGUCCAGAAAUCCAUGCACCUCAUUGGCUCCGGCUCGGAAAAAGUGAACAUACAGAUUCUGGAGGAUACGCACAACGUGCAGCUCCAGUCCCCUGCCAGCUGCAGCUGCUACUUUAACCAAGCCUUCCACCUGCCCUGCCGCCACAUCCUAGCCAUGCUCAGCGCCCGCCACCAGGUGCUCCAGCCUGACAUGCUGCAGGCUCCGUGGACCUCAGGCUGUGCCACCAGUCUAGACAGCAUCCUGGGAAGCAAGUGGAGCGCCGCCCUGGAUAAACACCUGGCCGUGACUCUCCUCACGGAGGAGGUAGGCCGGCUCUUGCAGCACUGUAGCCAGGAGGAAUUCGAGCGUCGCUACAGCACCCUUCGAGAACUUGCUGACAGCUGGAUCGGCCCUUACGAGCAGGUACAGCUCUGAUCGCACAGACAUACCCAGUCCUGAGCACUGAACCCAGAGCAGCACGUGUGUGAGGCAGACACCAGCACUGCCCUAUCCUCACUAGGUCACCUAGGCUGGCCUGGAGCUCAGGAUGUAGCUGAGACUGGUCUUGAGCUCCUCCUGGUCCUCUGUCUCCCAAGUGCUGACCACUGCCUCUUAUUUUGAGAUACUUCACGAGGUUGCCCAGCCUAGUUGUGAACUCACUCUGUGGAUAGGCUGGCUUUGAACUUCUGAGCCUCUUGAGUGAGCGGGAUUCCAGGCCUGACUUUUGGUCAUGUUGCUGCCCUGAAGUGUUCGUGUACAUGUGUGCCUUCAGACCGUCCCCUCUGCGCACAGCUGUGCUUCCUCCGCAAGUCCUCGUUCUACUCCAGUCUUCUAUCUAGAAUGCGGCAAACAGGUGUCAGAAAAUGUUUUCUGGCUGGGCGGUGGUGGCACACGCCUUUAAUCCCAGCACUCAGGAGGCAGAGGCGGGCGGAUCUCCGUGAGUUCAAGGCCAUCUUGGUCUGCAGUGCAAGUUCUAGGACAGGCUCCAAAACUACAGAGAGAAACCUUGUCUCAAACAACAAAACAAACAAAAGAAGAAAAAGAAGAAAGAAAAUGUUUUCUGUUAAGGGGUCAGUAGUAAACAUUUGUGGGCUUUGAUGGUCGAAUGUGGGCUUUGUUCUACAUUCUGGCUUCAGAUUUGACAACUUUUUCACAAGGAAAAAUAUAGCUCAAGAAAUUUCUGUAAACAAGGGAUUCCUUUAGAGAGAUGGGGGGUGAUGAGGUUGAAGAUUCCAUGUUGGUCACUACUGCCCCAGUCAUGAGAUGGCUCACCUGAUGGAGCCUUCCCACAAAGGAAGAGGCUGCUGCAGUGAGUCAGCCAGGUUUCCCAGUUUUUCCCGGCCCACCCUGGGAUCAGUAAAGUGAAUGUUGUAUCCCA